CUCGACGCCGCGCUCAGCCGGGCGAAGCAGGUUGGCGUCGAGAGCCGCGCCUUCGAGAGGCGUCUCGAGGCGAACGAGUCGGAGGAGAAGUGCCUGCGCGGAGGCCACGACGCCCUCAAGGCGGUGGCGGCGCACGACUCCGUCGGCGGCGGCGAGGUGUACUCCGACGUGGCCUCCGCCGCGCACCUGGCCGCCGGCACGCUUCCCAAGGCGGCGCAGCUAAAGGCGCUCCGCGCGCACCUCGAGCAGGCCAAGCGCACGCUCGCCGCUGCGCUCCCGUCGCUCGGCUCGCUGCUCGAAGGGACGGUCAAGGCGGGCUUCGACGUGGGCGGUGCCUACCUCGGCUUCUGCUCCGAGCGCGCCAUCGUCGUGAACCUCGCGCCGCUGCUGCGCCGCUGGAACGAGGCGGGCACGCCCGUGGAGCUGCUCCUCACCCUCGCUCACGAGGCGGCGCACCUCCUCAGCAGGGGCGGCGCGCACGACAGCGCGUGGCGGCAGACCUACGACGAGCUCAUCCAGGCCGCCAUCGUCGCCGGAUACCGCGUGAUCCGAUACAACCGGUGCCUGCAGCGGCAGCGCUUCCCGCAGUGCGUGGAGCUAUAUCGCGAGCUGGCCGCCCACGAGGCCAAGCUCGACUACUCAUUUGAUGAGUCCAACUUCCUCUUCAUGAUCGCGGCCGUGUUGCACAAGAAGCCGACGGCCGCGGUGCUGAGACGGCUGAGCGACGCGGAGGUCCUGCGAAUGGUGAAAGCGCCACUGGAGUUUCCCGGCGGGGUCGAGUUCCAAAGCAGCCGGGUGCAGCUGCAGACCUGUGCGAACUGCCCGCCCAACGCGGGGGGAAAAGAGCAGGAGCCCGCCCUCCGCACCUUCCUGCCAUGCGCGCGCUGCCGAGCCGUCGUCUACUGCGGCAAGGACUGCCAACGCAAGGACUGGAAGGCCGGCCACAAGGAGGCCAGGCCUGAACCUGCGCCGGGCGAGCAUCGAGCGAAUUUUGAGGAGAUCUCCAAGUCGCUGCGACUUCUCGAGCUCCGCCUGCACCCGGACCGCAACCUCGACGCGUCUGACGAGCAGCUGGCCGCCAACAAGGCGCGGCGCGAGACCGUGCGAAAGGCGUAUGCGCUGAUCGGCACCGAGGCCAAGCGGCAGGAGUACGACGAGAAGUGGGCCAAGGCGCAUCCGGACAAGGCGGCAAGCGGGCAGCUCCUUGCUGGCCCGGCGCUGCCUGCGAGCCUCGGCGAGGGCACCGCCAAAGCUGCACGCCCUGCCGUCGUCGUGAGCAGCCUCGUCGCCACCAUCGUGCUGCUGCUCGUGCCCGUGUGGCCCGUGGCGCGCGUGCUUGUUGCGCACACUGGAGCGCCGCUGGC